AUGCAUAAUUAAAAUAUUUCUGAGAUUCACAAUAGAGAAAACUAGUUUGUUUGUGUUGAUCCAGGUUGUCCUGGUAAUGAUUCAAUGCUUUGUCAACAAUGUGUUUCUUCUGAUAAACAUUAAGAAUGCUAGGAAAAAAAUUAAAUAAUACCAUUUGAGAAAUUCAUAUAAGUAACUGCUGGGAUUGCUAAAAAGAAGAUUAAUAAGGAAGAUGUCUCUAUUCUUCACCUAAAAGAAACGAUAGACAAUUUAUAACAGUUUUAUUAAGAAUUCAGAAGGUAAUUUAUUUAUUAAAUUUUAGGGAUGUCUAUUUUCGAAAAGAUUUAUACUUCAAUCUUUAAUAAAAAAUUAAAAAAUUUAAGUAUUAUAAAAAUCCAAAGUACUUGCAAUAGGUCAAACAGAACAGCGCUUUCAGUUCAGACUUUUUUUUCCAGAAUGAUCAUGAGGACAGAUCUGAAAAUCUCUUCAUAAAAUAUAUCGCAGAGAUUGACAAAUCAAUUCAUCAAAUGAAAGAUAUUUUAAACAAGAAAAGAAUUGAAUAGAAGCCUUAACAAUCAAUCAUAAAAUAGAUCAUUAUAAGAUCCAGUAAUUCCAGUCGAGUUCUAAGCUAAAAUGAAAUUGAUAAUGCACAUACAAAAUCUGAAUUUAAAUAACUUAAAGAUGCUGAGAAGAAAAGGGACGUAAUACAAUAGCAAUAAUUAUUAGAAGUAGAAAGAAAUUAAUAAAAAUCUAUUGCUAAAGUAGACUAUCCUUAUAAUAACUAAAUUAUGUCGGAUUAAAAUAAUCAAUAAUAAAUUUAGUAGCCUCGCUCCUCAUCUGAAUCACCAAUUAUUCCUUAAGUCUAAAAUUCUCAAGACCCUGAUAAGCGCUAAUAAAAUAGUAAGUCAAUCAAAUGAACUUCGGAUACCCAUUAUAAAAUCUGGAUUGUAGAUAUGGGUCUUCAGUAAAAUAAUAGCAUUUAAAUUCUGAUCUAGCUUUAGAAUCCUAAAAGAAAAUAGUCUCUCUUAUUAACCCUAUCACUGAGAAUAUGGAUAAUUAAUCAAGUAUUGUGAAAUCCAAACCCAAAUGGAGAAAAUCAUUUGGAAGACUUUUUGGAAAUUCUCCAAUUAACAAAAUUGAAGUUAUUGAUAACAAAUAUUUGAUCUACUAAAGUGAAAAUAAGUUAUUUCUUGUAACUGAAUACAGGUCUAAUUCUAAAGAGAAAAAGAUAGAGAAGAAUUUAUAAUUUGCAAUUUUUGAUUUUGUAAUGAUGAAGGAAUAUCCAAUAUUAAUUUUAGUUCAAACUGAUUAAGGCUUAAUUCUGUUGAAUAGAUCCUUAGAUACAUUGUACACAUAUAAGAAGAUAAUCUAUCAGAAUCACUUAGCUAUUUACAAGAAUUCAAAAGGUUUUGAUAUCUCCACAAAUUUUGUAUGUUAUUUAAAAGAUAUCAAUCAAUUUAUAUAAUGCUAAGUGAUUGAGAAUAGAAUUAUUUAAUAAAAAGAAAAAUAAUUAUCACCAAGUUAAUUAAGCAUCAUAUCAAUGAAAGUGAUCAAUAAUAGCUUAUAUGUUGGGUAUCAUACUGGAAAAGUUAUUAUUUAUGACCUAUAGAAUUGGGUAGAAUAAAAGAAUUUUCAAAUUUAAACAGGCUGUAGAGAUGAUUUUCCAUUGAUAUUUUUUGAGGUGAAGUUUUGUUUAGCCAUUUAGAAAAAUCAAUUGUAUAGAAUAAAUUAUGAUAAAGAAAUAAUUAAAUUGUGUUCUACAAUAGGUAAUAUUAUUUCAUGCGCCUAUUACAUUGAUGAUGAAAAGAAGAAAUAUGAAUUCCAUUUAUUGCAAGAAAAUAAUGUAAUUCAUUAAUAUUAUUUUAGAAAAUCCACCUAUGUUGUUAGAAAAAUGAUGAAUCUUAUAAUAGAGAAAGAUAAUAAUAAAGCAUUUCGUGUGUGAGCUAUUAUUUAGAUUAAAAAUAACCAAAAUUUAUCUACGGGGAAAAUGGCGGAGGAAUAUAGUGCUAUUACUCAUGA